AUGGCAGCGUCCAAGCUUACCCCCACCUUGCCCGUCUCUUCCCUCGCCCUCGCCACCUCUCGCACGCCGGGCCAGCUGCGCUCCCCAACCCUUCACUCGUUGGCGGCGUCGGCUGGAGUUGAUAGGGGCUUGAACUGGACUUCGAAAGGCUCUGGCAAUGGCACGACCGUGCUGUGUGCCACUGCCGUCCACGGCCAGGACACCAACAUCCAAGUCCAAGGAAGCAAGUGGAAACCAACUGUUUGUGUGGUCCUUGUGGAGCUCUUCAACACAGGAACUAUACUGCUAGGCAAGGUAGCAGUUGAUAGCGGCAUGUUUGUAUUCUCAUUGCUUUGUUAUAGAAGCAUUCUGGGUGCCAUUUUUAUCUUGCCAUUUGCCCUGCUCCUCGAAAGUGGGAAGUGGAAAGAAUUGGAUAAGAAGGCUCUUGGUUGGCUCUUCAUCAAUGCUUUUGUCGGGUACUCGUUGCCUAUGGCCAUGUAUUACUAUGGGCUACAUGACACAACUGCUUCCUAUGGUGUGAUCUUCUCCAGUUUGACUCCGCUCUUCACUUUUGUCUUGUCAAUAUUGCUUGGCAUGGAGACCUUGCGCCUCAAAUCCAAGGAGGGUAGCGCGAAGGUGGUUGGUGCAUUGGUAUGCUUUGGAGGGGCUUUAUUAAUAAGCCUAUACAAUGGGAAGGAACUGCAUCUCUGGUCUCCAGUUAUAAAAGGUAUCACUAAGAGUUCUAAUGGAGUAGCCGGAGGACACCACCAUUUGAGAGGCACCUUACUUUUGUUGGGUGAUUGCAUAUGCUAUGCAUUUUGGUACCCCAUACAGGUGAAAGUUCUAAAGGUGUAUCCAUGGAAACAUUGGUCAUCAGUGUUGACCUGUGUUCUAGGUGGUUUGCAAACAUGUGCCAUAGGAAUAUUUUUGAGAAGAGACAAACUUGCUUGGCAAGUAGGAUGGAACAUUCAACUAUUAACAAUUGUCUACUCAGCUGCACUUGGCACAGCCGCCAAGUAUUGGUUAAAUCUCUAUGCUGUGGAAAAGCGAGGUCCUGUUUUUCCACCAAUGUUCAGCACAUUAUCGAUUGUUUUCACCAUUGUUCUUGGGGCUUUAUUGCUAGGAGAAAGCCUCACAGUUGGGAGCUUGUUUGGUAGUGCUUUGGUUUUCAGUGGUUUGUAUAUGUACCUCUAUGGAAAGGCCAAAGAGCUACAUGUGAAGACAAUAUCAUGUUCAAGCAAUGAAAAGCUUCAGGCGCAACCUACCCACGACUCGAAGUGUGAGGAUACAAGAUUUGGUCCUUAGUUUUUGGGAAACAAGUUCUAAUGAGCUUCAAAUUAGAAGUUGAAACCAACUAUGUUUCACAUGUGAGAUAGUAAAUUAAAAUGAUUUGACCAAUCCUAAGAUGUUCCAUGGUGCGUUAAUGAUUUCCAAUGAAGUAAAACCCUAGUUUACAAGGUAUGCAUCUUAUCAGAUUAUAGUAUUGUGAUGCCACCUAGGACAAUAUCUUCAACUUGAGAAUACACGCAAUUGCACAAAUUGGUGAUUUGCUGUUAUGGGUCUACGUCACAAAAUGUGCCCUCUAUGUAUUAGUACGAUAUACAUGGUCAAACACAGUGUUAGUAAU